ACUCCCAGGGAAGGGUGUGAUGUGGGAAUUUGGCAGAUAUGGCCGAAUGGGGGAAGUUGCACAACUGUACAUUCACACUGUGUGAUGUCCUUUUUUGAGGGAGAAGCCUGGAAUAUGUAGUUCAGCUUCUACACGAGCCCGUUCGCUCGUUGCAAGAGAGAAACGCGACCAAGUAUCGCUGCGCAUUUCUGCCGUCUGCACGCAGCGUGCCCACGCCAGCUUUAGUGGGAAAGGCUGGCUCCCGUGUGUUCUGCACGAAGGGCUGAAACGUCUCCGGUGUCUCAAGCCAGUCUCGUGGAGGGGCGUUAUGAGGCACGCUCUUGGACAGGUACUGCUAGCUAGGCGGGGUGUGGCGUGCCGGAUUUCCGUGUUGCAUGUAGACCUCAACAACCUCGACAUUUUGAAGGUAAUGGCUUGUCUAGAUGUGUCGCUCAGUCGGAGAAGCUAGCUAUGGACUGUCUUUGCUUGUCCUUAAACCCGAGGGUAUUACUCGACUAUAUGUAUAGACGAUAACCUUUGUGGUGAAAUGGAGGAAGCGCGUUCAUUUGGCCCGUGACGUGCAUAUUUUCACCAUGUCGUAGCCUACCUGUGUAUACCAAUGUCACACUUCUGAAAUGAUGAAUAUAUUUACCGCAGGGUUUUUUUUAACUGCAUAAAUAUUGCUUGAUUGGAAAGCUCACACACAAGCAACCCAGCAUUUUGCAUGUCCUGACUGGAGGGGUGCGAGUAUGAUAACUGGAACGUCAGAGAGCGGCACGUGUCACCCUACUGGAAGUCCCGAGGGAGGGAACAGUAGCGAAUUCCUUUGGCGCUCGAGGCUGUCGGACGAGGAGGUGUGUGAUAUUUCGGUGUCCUCUGAGCCAGACGCGCCCCCCUGUGGUCACUGCGAGAAGACACUUGUAGGCGGAGAGAAGCCCCACACGCGCCUUCCCGGCGACAGGAGCAUCUCCAUGUCCUCGAGCCUGUUGCUGCAUAGAUGCGCUCAUGCUGGCGGUGGGCCCCACACCUGCCAGACCUGCAGCAAGACCUUCGUCUCCUCCUCGCACCUGGCCGUGCACUUGCGCACGCACGCCAGCCAGAGGCGGUACAAGUGCAGCACGUGUAACAAGGUGUUCACACAGCCGGCGCACCUGGUGCGGCACAGGGCCACGCACACAGGCAAGAAACCGUUCAGGUGCCCGGACUGCGGCAAGAGCUUCGGCCGUGCCUCCCACCUGAAGACCCACCAGCGCCUCCACACGGGCGAGAAGCCCUUCAAAUGCACGCAGUGCGAGAAGGCGUUCACGCAGAAGGCGGGGCUCAUCGUGCACGUGCGCCAGCACACGGGCGAGCGCCCCUUCGUGUGCGCCACAUGCGGCAAAGCCUUCUGCACCUCCACCCACCUGCUGUCCCACAAGGCCAUGGAGUCGAACGAGGGCGGGCACACCUGCACCAGGUGCCAGAAGGGCUUCGGGUCGGCGUCUGCGCUGCGGCAGCACGAGAGGAGCCACUGGAGCGGUGCCGUCGUCCCCCACUGCGGCGUGUGCUGCUCCGCCCUCAUCUCACCCUCGGACCUGUGGCCGGAGCUCGGAGCCGGAGGCGCGCGGCACGUCUACCACUGCAAGGUCUGCGGCAGGAUCUUCUCUUGCAUGUCGGCCUUUAAGAGGCACUGCGAGCGGCACCUGAGGCAGCCCAGCAGAGCCUGGGGGACGGAUGACACGGACAACGACGAUAGUGGAGAUCCCUCGUUUCUGCCCUACGCGGCAGCCUCGGCCCCGCGGUACGCCUCUGAGGUCAACACUCGCUCCAAAACCAGGGCCAAGAGGAAAAUGGAGGCCCAAGAUUGACCGACUGCUUUGGAUUGGUUCCCAUUUAUUAUUGCGCUGUUUGUCGUGUUUGUGGAUUUGGGUUUGUUUACACUUAAAAAAAGCACACUUCAAUAUGGACAAGAUCAAGUGUAAGCAGUGAGAAGCCCAAAUAUUUUAGGAUUUACAGUUAUUGAAAUCAAGUGUCUAUGCAAGUUUAAGCACAAGAAACACUGAAACUACAUGAGACUAAAACGCAGAUGUUUUGCUGACCAACCCCCAUGUUGGUGUGUAGG